AUGGAAAUCGAAACGUUGAUUCUAAAUGGCGAUGGUGAAACGAAAGAAACUAUUGGUAAAAGAAAACAUGAAAAUAAAUUUCAAUGGAAUAUACUUCAUACAAGUGUUGGUAUAUUAAUAAUGAUAGUCAUUUCAAUGUUAAUUGGAAUAAAUUUAUUGUCAUCAAGGAAACAUAUUCAAAAAGAAAUUAGACAAGAUCAUAGAGAAAUUAUUCUAAAAGCUAUUUUUAGUACAGAUUUUAUUCCUGAUGAUGAUCAAAAAUCUUUUCAAAUAGAAAAUCUUGAUGAAAUAACAAAUGAAUUAAAUGAAAUGUUAAAUAAAACAAAAAUUGUUGUUAUUCAAGGUAUAUUUCAUAAUUAUUUUACACUAAAAAAAUCUCUCGAACUGAAAUGUUUAAAUCAUUUAUAUGGAAAAAUUCUUCAAUUAAACAUUCUGAUUUCAUCAUCAUCUUCUGAUCAAUGGAUUAUAAAUGAAUUAAAAAAUGAAUUUCAUCGAAUGUUAAUAUUUCCUUUAAUAAUUCAAUUUUCGAAUAAACAAUAUCAAACAAUUCCUAUGAAAAUAUGUUCUUUAACCGAAAUAUCGGAAGAUAAUUCAAUUUCAAUUCGAUUAAAAAAGGAUACUUUUCAAUCAACAAUAAGAACGAAAAGAAAAAAAUUUUCUUUAGAUAAAAUAUUAAAACGAUCUGUUUGCUUAAUGAAUCCAGGAAAAAUAUCUCUUGUUUUAAUGGCUGGAGAAAAAGGUACAGAAAUUCGAGAUUAUAAAAAUAAUCAAAUUAAUUUAUUGAAUCAAAAUCAUUUAUCUGUUACUAUUUAUGAACAUACAGUUUAUUUAAUACGUAUUGAAUUAGAUUGUUCUUGGCAAUUAAAUUCAGAUCUAUUUGAAAAAGGUUGUAAUCUUGCUCAAGAUGUUAAUGUUUAUAUUGAUAUUAAUAAUGAUGGAAUUUUUCAAUCAAAUGAAAGUGGUAUACCAUUUCAUUGGCCAAUUACAAGUUAUAUGGCACAAGGUAUUUAUGAUUUACAAUUAUAUAUUCCUUUUAUUGAUAAUAAACAUUUAACAAAUGGUAAACAUCGAAUGAUGAUUAAUGUUAUGUCAACAGAUAAUUAUCAAGAAAUUUGUCAAGAUAAACAAUAUAAUGAAAGCAGAUUUUACGAUAUUAAUAUUAUUUCAAGAACAACAGAGAUAAGUCCAACUAUUCAUUCAACUCCUUCUGUAAUAUUAAACAAUAUUGAUUGUUCAAUUGAUCUUGGAAAAAUAAUUGUUGUUAUAAUGGGUGGAGAAUAUCAAACACAAAUAUUUGAUGAUGUAUCAAGAAAUGAUUUAGUUAAAAAAAAUUCGUUAAAUAAUGAUAAUCGUCAAAGUAUAAUAUUUUAUGAGAAUACUGUUUAUCAAGUUCGUAUUCAAUUAAAUUGUAGUCAAGAAUGGAAUAAUGAUUUAUCGAAAGAUAAUUGUGAACUUAAUUAUGAUAUAAAUGUUUGGAUUGAUUUAAAUGAUGAUAAUAUUUAUCAAAAUAAAGAAAAUGCUGCACCUUAUCGAUGGCCACUUCAUAGUUAUACACCACGAGGUGUUUAUGAUUUACAAAUAUCUAUACCAAUUAUUCAUACAACAACGAAUAAAUUCGGACCAUAUAAAAUGCAAAUUUUUACAACACUCAAUGAUCAAUAUCGAUAUCAAUGUACUAAUCAGAAUUUUAAAGAUAUCAGAGAAUAUACUGUUUAUAUUAUUCCAAUAAAUACAAAAAACUUAGACGAUAUUGAAAUACCUCAUUUAAUGUUAAAUAAUGAUGAAAAUUUAUGUUCUAUGAAAAAUGGUGAAACUGUUCUUGUAACAAUGUCUGGUGAACAAGGUUCACAUAUUCGUGAUAAUAUAUUAAAAGAUAUUUUGAGUGAAAAACAAAAUCGACAUCAUUUAAAUGUUUAUCUUUAUGAAAAUGUAAAUUAUCAAAUACGUAUACAAUUAGAUUGUUUAAAUAAGGAGAAUUGUAAUUUCGUACAAGAUGUUAAUAUUUUGAUUGAUUUUAAUAAUGAUAAUAUAUUUGAAGAAUCAGAAAGUCGUAUUCCUCAUCGUUCGCCAUUGAGAAGUUCAAUACCAUUUGGAAUUUAUGAUUUAAAUAUUUAUAUUCCAAGUGUUGAUGAAAUAAAUAUUAAAAGUGGACAACAUCGUAUGAAAGUUAUUGUUAAAUCAAGUGAUGAAUAUAUAAAUAAAUGUGGAAAUAAUGAUUAUUAUCAUACAAGAGAAUAUAUGAUUAAUAUUAUUUCAAAAACAGAUUCAACAAUUCUCAACGAUCCAAUUCCAAUUGUUAAUCCAAUUUAUCCAACGACAGGUGGUACGGAUUCCGAACAAUUCAAUACUACCGAAUCAAUACCAAAGAUUCAACAAGGCAAAGGAUGCAAAUGUUGGUGGAUUUUAAUCUUUGAUUUUCUUAUUGUACUUAUUUUAUUAAUUUUAUUGAUUUGUUGUUUGCUUUAUAAAUGCAAUAUGUUCAAACGAUGUAAGAGAAAUAGACCAACAGAGCCAACACCUCUAAUAAAACCGACGCCACCAAACCAAGGUUCACCAUCAAAGUCAAAACCUCCCAAAAAACCAACGCUCCCAAUUCCUGAUCCACCAAUAAAGCCAAUACGUCCAAUACUACAGCCACCACCAAGACCAGUUUCACCGAUAGAGCCAAUAGUACAGAAGCCACCAAAGCCAGAUCUACCAACAGAGCCAAAACAUUCACCACCACCACCACUACCGAUAGAUUUAUCUCCGAUUGUCAUUGGACAGCUAAAAUGGUUUCCAGUGGGUCCGAUGACUAAUGCUCGACGAAGUCAUCGAGCAUUAUUAUUAUCAAAUGGAAAAGUUUUAAUUACAGGAGGAUUCAAUUAUGGUUCUUUAAAUAAUCCUGAAUUAUAUGAUUCAAGCACAAAUACUUGGAUAACUAUUGAAAGAAUAAAUGAUAUACGAUCAACAAACACUUCAAGAACAUCAGAACAUGAAACAGAAUUAGCUACUGGUCAACUUGGCAGUCAUUAUUUUAUUGAUAGUGUAGAAUUAUAUGAUCCAUCGAAUGAAAAUUGGACAAAUCUUCCUAAUAUGAAUAUUGCUCGAGGUGGACAUACCACAUCUUUAUUAUCAAAUGAACAAAUAUUAGUUGCUGGAGGAUAUACAAAUGGAAAAUAUCUUAAUAAUACAGAAUUAUUUAAUCCAUCAACAUUAACAUGGACAAAUACUUGCCCAAUGAAUGAUGCUCGAGCUGAACAUACAGUAUCUAUAUUAAAAAAUGGUAAAGUUUUAGUUGCUGCUGGAUUUGAAUAUUAUCAUUGGUUAAAUAGUGCAGAAAUCUAUGAUCCUAAAACACAAAUAUGGACACGUACUGGUUAUAUGAAUUAUAGUCGAAGUAAACAUACAUCAUCUUUAUUAAGAAAUGGACAAAUAUUAAUAACAGGUGGAUAUAGUUGCGGACAUUGGUUAAAUACAGCAGAAUUAUAUGAUCCUUUAACAGAAACUUGGAAAAUUACUAAUGAUAUGAAUAUUGCUCGUGGUGAACAUACAGAAUCUGUAUUAACAAACGGUAAAGUAUUAAUUGCAGGUGGCUAUAAUCGUGGUGCUUUAAAUGAUGUUGAAUUAUAUGAUCCAGAAAGUGAAACAUGGACAAUAAUUACUAAUAUGAAUUAUCCAAGAUUUUCUCAUACAGCAUCUUUAUUAAAUAAUGGAUAUUUAUUGAUUAUUGGUGGAGUUAAUAAUAAUGCUUUAAAUACUGUUGAAUUAUAUGAUCCAUCAAGAGGAACAUGGACAAUUAUUGAAAAUCUUAAGGAUGCACGUGGUGAACAUACAGCAACUGUAUUAACUGAUAGUAAAGUAUUAAUUACUGGAGGAUCUUAUCUUGGUAAAACUUUGAAAAGUGCCGAAUUAUUAAAAUAA